AUGGUCGAUGUAAUAAAUAAUCGUAUUUAGAAAAAAAAAAGGGGCGCAGAAUUAGGGUUUGGGUUUACUAAAAGUAAGGCGGUUUAUCAUAAUUCCUAACAUGUAGCCGUUAGCAUAGAAGCACAUCUUCUUCCCGUUGAAAUCUGGAGAGUGAGAGUUGAAGAGAGAAAACAGAGUUUCCCUUUUCACUUUCUCUGAUUUUCUUAGCAAAGAUGAGUGGAACGGAGGACAAUCCAAUGGUUGCCACCCUUAUAUCUUCACUCUCAAACAGCCUUCUACAAGUUCCUCCAUCAGCCAUUCCACCCAUGUUGGAUUGCAUCUUAGCCUCCACUACCUUAUAUCCGUCGUCUCUUUUCUCUUCUCUUCUCGACGAUCUCCCCAAUCUCAUCGAGGAUGCUAACAGGAAUGGGAAUCUGGAUUCCGAUCAUCGUACCCAAAUUGCAUCAAUGGUUGGAGCAUUAUGCCAUCUUCUUUCUAAAGCGAAGACUAAUCAUGAAGGUCUGCAGUAUUUUUUAUGGAAAGGUUUUAUUCCACUGAUGAAAAUGGGACAUGAAUUUGACCGUGAGCUUCUUAACCAGAUUGCAGAUUCUGUCUUUGAUGUUGUGCAAAAGACUAAUGCCUGGGAAGUUUUGGAAGCAACUUUGGUGCCUUUUUUUCUAAGAUCAAUUGGCGUUUCUGCUGGUAUAAUUCAAAAUGAAGAAUUGGAUGGUACAAGAUGGUAUAGAAGCUCAGUUUUCCAGGUCUCAAAUGACUUUGUAAAAAAUUGGGAUACAAACAAGGAUUAUAUGCUUUCUCUAUCUGGAUCUUUUCCAUUGCCACUAUCAUGCCAUGUUUUAAGCUUAAUUUUGGAUGCUGGACUUCGAACUUUUCAAGUUUCUCCAGCCACGCCCGUAGUUUUGGAAAAUGGGUGCUGUCAUGCUGAGAAGGUCACUGCUGAUUUACUUUGGAAUUUGUGUAAUGUGACUGAAAGAUUGAAUUUACAGAGUUUGGAAAACCGGUCUUGUACAAUUGGCUUUCUACUGCCUUUCAUUUUCAAAGCAUUUGUUUUUCGUAGCUCUUUUAAAAUCUCAGUUCAUGAGCAGACACAUAUCCUUUCCAGGAAUCAUUUCUUUAUGAGAAUGUGGACAUGCUGUAAAAUAUUGUUCUCUCUUGGAUCAUUAGAGAGGAGAGAUGCAUACAGUAUACUCUCCCUGUAUUUUUCUUACUUCUCUUGCACUGAAACUUCUGAAAACACUGACAUGAGUGAUGGAGCAGAAGAAUUUGAUAUAAGAAGUGAAAAGGAACUUUGGAUUGAAAUCAAAAGAGGAUUGGUUGAUGAGGUGGGCCUAGUGAGGAAGCAGUCAUUGCAUAUAUUGAAGACAGUUUUAUGCAUGAGUAGUGGAAACCAAAGCCAUUCUGGUAUUUCUGAGAAGAAAUCCCAAGGGAAACGUUCAGUUCCUCAUGGCAUGACGAAGAGAGAGCUGUGGGCUAAUAAUGAAGCAAAGUCACUAGGAGUAGGGAAACUUUGCAACUCAGUUGAUUCAGGGUUGAACAGUCAGCAGCAGUGGGAGGCUUUCUUGCUCUUAUUUGAAAUGCUUGAAGAGUAUGGUACUCACCUUGUAGAAGCUGCUUGGAAUCAUCAGAUAACUCUGUUGCUUCAGUUUUCUGUCUCACAUGAUAACUUUGUGAGUGCUAUUAGCAGAGGUAUUCAUCAAAAUCAGUCAGAAACUUGGGAUGAAGUCUUUAGCUGGUUAUCAAUUUUGUGGAAGCGAGGCUUUUUUCAUGAUAACCCUCAAGUAAGAUGCAUGAUCAUGCAGUCAUUUUUGGGUAUUGAAUGGACAAAAUACGGAAGCUGUGCAAAGUCAGUACCCAAAAGUUUUAUUCUUGGUCCAUUGAUGGAAGCUUUGAAUGAUCCGGUGCACCACAAUGAUUUUGGUGUUAAAGGAGUUUACUCUUCAAAAAUGAUUGACGGAGCAGCUCAAUUUUUGCAACAAUAUUCUAGUUACCUGGAUGCAAGGGAAAGGAUUAUCUUUGUAAACAGCUUAGCAUCCCUCGCCAAAAGGAAGUCUUUUAGUAGAGCUGGAUUGAUGGGUCUUGCAGAAUGUAUCGCUGCAUCUGCUUUUGGGGUGUGCAAAUACAACAAUAAUAACUCAAAAUCUUGUGAAGAUGGUCUUGUUGAUAAGGUCCAACAGGAAUAUUCUUUGGAGAGUUUUUUGCAUGAUGAUGGGACAGAGUUGCUUAAUGUUCUUAGAUAUGUUCUAGAGAGCAGCAAACAACAUUUCAAUCCUAAUUACCGUUUUCGAGUCUGUGAAAAAGUACUUGAGGCUGCUUCUUCAUUGGUGCCUGCAAGUGAUGUUCCUCUUGACAUUCUUUUGCACUUCAUUUCUACAAUGCCACAGGAAGUUACUGAUUAUGGUGGUUCUCUACGUGUAAGAGUACAAGACUGGCUUUUGCAGAACCAUCACACUGCUCAUUGUGGUGGUAUCCAGAUGAAGCUUUUGGAGAGUCUCAAUGACUUUCCAGAAAGGUUCAUUAUUCAUCACUAUUUGGUUCAAAAUUUCGAUGAUGAAGACUUGGAUGCAUGGGAACUUGAAGUGAGAAGAUGGGCAAGAGUACUCUUUCUCGUUAUCAAGGAAGAACAUCAAUUAGUACCUUUAGUAAUGUUUAUACAAAAUCAUGGAACAAAUAUUUGUAAACAAAAUAAACAUUCAGAGUGGAUACCUGUGAAGUUUCUUACCCUCAUAUUGGGCUUGAUUCAAGAGAUCCAGAUGAUGCAAAGCAGAACUUCUAAACGUGGUGUCAAAAUUCAAGCCAAAUCUGAAACAGGUGGCCUGCUGGAGACAGGGGAGCAAUUAAGUAAUGCUGAAGCUUCAAACAUUUACAAGAUGUUCACUGAUCCUUUACUGCUUAUAUUGGAGGAAGUCGUGUCCUUUGCCAACUCAUCUUGUUCCAUAUUUUCAUCUAGUUCUGACAUGGAGGACAAGAUUCUGCCUAGUUCUGUGAGGGGAAAACUUGGAGGUCCUAGUCAACGACGAUUAUCAAAUUCUUUGACAACUGCUGUAUUACAAGCUACAAUCUCCGUUAAAGCUGUUGCAUGUAUCUAUGCCUGGUGUGCACAACUUAGAAGUGGCAUUCUAUUAAAUUCUGCUUUAACUUUUGUGUGGAAAUUCUUCUGUAACACUAUUGCAUCUCCAACUUGUAACUCUGAGACUGAAGCUGAAGUAUGUCUUGCUGCAUAUGAAGCAUUAGCUCCUGCUCUGAAAGCACUUGUCUCUGCAUUCUGUCCUAAAACUUUGGGCCUUUUCAGGGAAAGUUGCAAGUCAUUGCUACCUGCAAUAGAAGUUGAACCUUGGUUAGAUUCCUUUGUUCUUUCUUUUCUUCAUAAUAUCAAUGAUCUUCUUGCCGUUGGAUUCAUGGCACGCACUAGGCGUGCAGUUUUGCUUAAUUGGAAGUGGGUUUGCUUAGAAUCUCUACUCUCUAUUCCUUACUAUGCUUUUGAGAGUAAGCUUCAACUGGAGUAUGGCAACCUUUUCUUCUCAGAUUCUGUUGUUAGACACAUUUUUACUGAGAUUGUUGAGAGUCUUGAGAAUGCUGGGGAGGGUUCUGUUUUACCCAUGUUGAGAUCUAUCAGAUUGGCCUUGGUGCUAUUUGCUUCAGGAAGAUUAUCUUCGGUUGGUUCCAGAUGCACUGGUGUAGAUUCUCAGAUGAUUUGGCGCUUGGUUCGUUCCUCUUGGAUAUUGCAUGCCAGCUGCAACAAGCGGAGGGUUGCACAUAUUGCAGCACUUUUAUCUUCUGUCUUGCAUCCUUCCUUGUUCAGUGAUGGGGACAUGCAUGUUACUGAUAAUGAACCUGGGCCCCUGAAAUGGUUUGUUGAAAAGCUUCUGGAGGAGGGCACAAAAAGUCCCCGGACGAUUCGUCUUGCAGCUUUACAUUUGACAGGGCUCUGGCUCUCAAAUCCAAGGACCAUAAAAUACUACAUAAAAGAACUGAAGCUGCUAACACUCUAUGGCUCUGUUGCUUUUGAUGAGGAUUUUGAAGCUGAGUUAACUGAAAACCAUGGUGCAAAAAGUGAAGUUACAUUAUUGGCCAAAAUCCCAGACUCUGAAUUGACUGAAGCAUUUAUCAACACAGAGUUGUAUGCACGUGUGUCUGUAGCAAAUCUCUUUUACAAGCUGGCUGACUUGACUAAUAAGGUGGGAUCACCAAGUGGAAAUGAAGAUUGCCAGGCAGCCUUUGAAUCUGGAAAAUUCUUUCUGCUAGAGCUUCUGGAUUCUGUGGUAAAUGAUAAGGAUCUUGCAAAAGAGUUGUAUAAGAAAUACAGCGCGAUCCAUAGGCGAAAAAUACGUGCUUGGCAGAUGAUAUGUGUUCUGUCACAAUUUGUUGAUGAUGACAUAGUUGGAGAAGUCAUACAUUGCUUGAACAUAGCUCUCUAUAGAAACAACUUACCCUCUGUUCGCCAGUACUUGGAAACAUUUUUAAUUAAUAUUUACUUGAAGUUUCCAUAUUUGGUUUCAGAGCAAUUGGUUCCCAUAUUACAAGAUUAUGACAUGAGACUUCAGGCGCUUUCUUCCUAUGUGUUCAUAGCAGCUAAUGUGAUCCUCCAUGCUUCUAAAGAGAUUCAAUUCAGGCAUUUAGAUGAUCUACUUCCUCCCAUACUUCCAUUGUUAACCUCACAUCAUCAUAGCUUACGUGGCUUUACACAGAUUUUGUUACACCAAGUAUUUUGCAAAAUUUUUCCUCCCAUGAAUCCUAGAAGCUCUGAAACUGUACCUUUGGAAAAAAGGUGCUUUGAGGAUUUGAAAUUAUACCUGGCAAAGAACUCUGAUUGCAUGCGCUUGCGAGCUUCUAUGGAAGGUUAUCUUGAUGCUUAUAAUCCAAAAACCUCUGUUGCACCUGCUGGAAUUUUUGUUAGCCGGGUAGAGGAAUUGGAGUUUGAAUGUGUUCCAACAUCCCUCAUGGAUCAAGUGCUCACCUUUCUAAAUGAUGUGAGGGAAGAUCUGAGAUGUUCAAUGGCAAAGGAUACAGUGACAAUCAAGAAUGAGAGUCUAAAUAUGGGUGAAAGUCCUGGAUCAAUUGAGAAACAGUCUACUGCUUGUGAAGAGAAAUUGUUUACUGAGUUGCCGAAAGAUGCUCAUUUGGACUUCCAGAAAAAGAUUACUUUCCCUAAGCAUGAGAAGCAGGACAUGGAUUCCAGUUCAUUACUGGGCAAGGGAGAAAUGUACAUGCAAUUUCUAGAAAUGGAAAAUGAAGAUGAUCUUCUUGAUCAAUUGUUAAAGUCUAGAAGCUUGGCUAUGGAAAGGAUUAGAGGAAACCGACAGCAUAUUAUCCUAGUAGCAUCAUUGCUCGAUCGUACACCCAACCUUGCUGGACUGGCACGUACUUGUGAGGUUUUUAAAGCAUUGGGAUUAGCUGUUGCAGAUGCAAAAAUAGUACAUGACAAACAGUUUCAACUCAUCAGUGUGACAGCAGAGAAGUGGGUUCCUAUCAUAGAAGUGCCAGUAAAUAGUGUGAAACAAUUCUUGGAGAAAAAGAAGCGUGAAGGUUUCUCAAUCUUGGGAUUAGAGCAAACUGCAAACAGUGUACCUCUUGAUCAGUAUAUCUAUCCCAAAAAGACUGUCUUGGUUCUGGGGCGUGAAAAAGAGGGUAUACCUGUGGACAUAAUCCAUAUAUUGGAUGCUUGCAUCGAGAUUCCUCAGUUGGGGGUUGUACGAUCACUUAAUGUACAUGUCAGUGGAGCCAUUGCUCUUUGGGAGUAUACUCGACAGCAACGAUUGUAAUAGUUCACUACGCUUGAGGAUAUAAUUUAUAACUUGCAACUCUACUUGCCAUUAUAUACUUGACAUCAGCAGUCUUCGAUAUCUUUAUCCUUUCCAUUGAAUAGCUCUUUUUAAAUGAAGAGCAUAUUUUACCAAAUAUCUUCAGCUUCUAUUAGUCGGCCAAUUGUAUUUUUUUUUUGUUGUAUUUGAUUGUAAUUUGAUUAUGUACUAUUUUUGGGUGUUAUGGCCAUGGACCUCUCAUUCUUCUUGAUUUUAGCAUUUCAGCUGAAGAAAGCAGGUUAUGUACGUGAAAUUAUCAAGUCUCAUGUAUUUGUUUUUGAAUCAAGUCUAGGUCAGGGAUGCAUUUGGUUGAUUAACAUCAACAGGAGCCUUCCAGAUUUCCGGAACCAUAUGACUAUUUUGAUUAUCAUAUUUGCGUGAAUGUUUGCUCUCUCAAUUCACUACACUGGCACUUGAAGAGAUUAGACUUGGUGUUGUUCAGCUGAAACUCGGAUGAAAUGAUCUUGUAUUAAAAACGAUAAUUGUUGAUCUCCUUGAUUAAACUGGGAUAUUGGCAUGAUGACUAUCCACAUCCUUUCACUUUUAAUUGAGUUUGAAUUGCCAUUGGGUUUUUUCCCCU